AUGGAAAGUAACACAUUACAAAAAGACCAAAUAGAUAUCCCGUCGGAGUAUUCGAGCGACUUGUGCACAUCGUCAGACACAGACUAUUCGUCUGAUUUAUCUGCAGACACAGACGUUGAGUGUCGUGACGAUUUAAAGUAUAAAAGUCCAAGUUCCGACUUUAGUGUAUUACAUGGAGCAAAAGAAAUAUGCCGUGAAGCGUUUGUUGGCCACACAUUUACAACAGUAUCCAUCCCAACAAGUGUUGAGACGAUUGGACGGAGUGCGUUUCGGGUCUGUGAACGUUUGGAACGUAUUGAGAUGAGUACUUCGGUGACUUCCCUUGGACGAUGUGUGUUUGAAGGAGCAACAGCACUAUCUAAUGUAGUUCUAUCCGAGAACCUGCGAGUACUUCCACCCUCUACAUUUUCAAGGUGUUUAAGUCUAAAGACACUGACAAUCCCUGACUCCGUUGUUGACAUCAGAAAGAGGUGUUUUGAGGAGUGUGGCUUAACUCGAGUCGACAUACCACACAGUGUCACAACAAUAGGGAGAAAGUGUUUCCGUGGGAGUGCAAGUCUUAUCAAUAUUGUUAUUGGGUGUAAUGUCAAAGUGCUUGAGAAGUCAGUGUUUUGUCGGUGUAGUGCAUUAAGUGGCAUCACAUUUAUGUCGUCUCUAACUCGCUUUAGUGACUCGGUAUUUGCUGGGUGUGUCUCAUUGAAGUACUUUCCGAUAUGCUCGACACUGAAAUCCAUUGGGCGGUAUUGUUACAGUCACAUGACAAGUGCAGAGGAGUGUGUACUACCGCCGUCUAUCACUUCAUUGGCUAGUGGCGCGUUCUUUAGGUGCUCAAACCUCAAACGUGUCACUUUACCACCAACACUGAGAACAAUUUGUGACUCUGCUUUCUGUGGAUGUGUGUCGAUCAAGCAAAUGACACUUCCAGACAGUGUCACAUCAAUUGGAAAAAAGUGCUUCGUCUACUGCACGAGUCUUGAGAAAGUGAAAUUGCCAAGUAACACGACAUCCCUUCCACCCAAUUGCUUUGAAAAUUGUUCUUGUUUGUCUGUAGUGGACAACAUUGAUAGACUCGAAGAUGUUGGUGCGCACUGUUUUAAUGGGUGUUCGAAACUCUUCUCAAAAGGUAUACCAAAGAAAUUGAAAGGAGUUGGGAAGUAUGCGUUUGCGAAUACUUCCGUGGAGCAUGUCAAAGUCCCAUAUAGUGUCACACGACUUGGGAAGUACGCGUUCAGUUCCAAUCGAAAUUUGUUUACAAUAACCCUUCCCGAGUCGCUGUGUGUCUUGUCAGAAGGAUGCUUCUCUGACUGUGUAAAUCUUGAAACACUCGAACUGCCCAAAACAGUGGAGAGAGUUGAAACGCGGUGUUUUGCGGGGUGUAAAAGUCUGAGUACUGUAAAGUAUGAAAGAAGCAGUUUCUUCGAAGAAGACGUCUUUGACGGGUGUGACGAGAUGGAGUAUGAACCAACUCCUUUAUACUUCCUCUGUGAACGCGACAAUGUAUAUAGAGCAGUCCGCACGUUGUACCUCCCGAACUACAUCGACGGCAUUUCUUGUUGUGGAUUUUCUAAUGAUGGAAUUCUUGAGGAGAUCACUAUGAGUACAUCGGUGACUACACUUCGUAAGAACGCGUUUGAAUUGUGUGUUGGGUUGUCGUCUGUUGUGUUGGGAAAACUGAUCACUGUUAUUCCUAAAAUGUGCUUUUCCGGGUGCGACCAUCUUGAGGCCAUCACACUGCCAAAUCGUCUUACGACGAUUCAAAAAUCUGCGUUUCAGAAAUGUAACGCACUUCUUACUAUAGACCUCCCUAACAGUCUUUCUAAGAUCGGAAAGUGCGCGUUCAUGCUGUGUAAUUCUCUACGUACUAUUUCGCUUUCACCACACAUCACUACACUCAAAAUGUGUACAUUCGAAAACUGCAUUAGUCUGAAUAGCGUCACUCUACCAACUAAUCUCAUUUAUAUCGGAAAUUCUUGCUUCUCAAAUUGUGGCAUCGAAACACUGACUAUACCUAAUAGCGUCACGAAAAUAGCGAGAAUGGCGUUUAUGAACUGCAUCGAUCUCAAACAAGUGAACAUCGGAAAUGGAGUCGAAACGAUCGGAGAGUCAUGUUUCUCGGGAUGCAAAACACUGGCUGAGAUCACUAUUGGGGUCAGCGUCAGCCGCGUUGGAAAAGAGGCGUUCAGUGAUUGCGAGAAAUUGCGUGUUGUCGCGUUUGGACCAUCGCUGAAGCAGUUUGGAAAGCGCGUUUUUGCUGGGUGUGGCAUUCUCACACACGCAGUGUUCCCGCAACAUUUUAUUAGCUCCAAAUGA